CCCUCCAGCUGGACCUUCCGUCGUCGUCAGCCAUAUUGUCCUGAAUAUGCAGUAGAACCAAGCACCGUGAUCGUCUCGCUUUGAGAGAAGCAAUCCGACUGAAAUAGAAUCAAAACAUGUCUGGACGCGGAAAAGGAGGAAAAGGUCUUGGAAAGGGAGGCGCCAAGCGUCACAGGAAAGUUCUGCGUGAUAACAUUCAAGGUAUCACGAAACCCGCCAUCCGACGUCUCGCUCGCCGUGGAGGUGUCAAGCGUAUCUCGGGUCUGAUUUACGAAGAAACCCGCGGAGUGCUGAAAGUAUUCCUCGAGAACGUGAUCCGUGACGCGGUCACAUACACCGAGCACGCCAAAAGGAAGACCGUGACAGCCAUGGACGUGGUGUAUGCCCUGAAGAGACAAGGUCGCACCCUCUACGGUUUCGGCGGUUAAUCCUGGUCACCCUGGUCCUAGGCCCGCUGCGAUGUAAUAAUCUUGAGAACUGGUUCCAGUAUUGACCGUGAAACGUGUACAUAAAAAUUGGCCUUUUUAGACUUCCCAGGAGACAGAAUAAACGAAGAAGUUCCAGAAA